AUGAACAACCAACAAACAGAAAGUGACUUAUUGGUCCAAGUCGAUAACGACAAGACUCAACGGCUUCAACACAUUAACACACAAAUGAAAGACAUUCACCAAGGGAUGACAAUGCUCAACGACAUGACAAAAACACAGCAAACUGUUAUCGAUCAACUUGAGAUCAACUAUCAAAAUGCCGACGAUUACACCACUCAAUCGGUCUUUGAAAUCGAUAAAGCGGGAAAUUCACAAAAGGCGGGGGAUCGAAAGAACCUUCUAAUUGCUUGUGCUCUUAUAGUGAUAGUUCUUGUGCUCUUCCUCAUCAUCUACAUCAAGCUCAGAUGA